UGGCUGGCAGAUGGACAUCACACCAUGCAACUGUCCUAAGCAGGAAAGAGGCCAAGAAGGAGGAAAAGAGACUGACCAAAGAGCUGGGGCUCAGUACCCAGGAGAGAAACGAGCUGAGAGACCGCUUGAUCUAUGUCACAGAGGGAUCCAUGAACAAGAGACCCUAUUACAGGCAAAAUCCACUGUAUGAAAAACUGAAGUUAAAGGAGAAGACGGUCAUGUCAUUUCUGAACAAAUUAGAGAUGGAGAACACUGAGUUCUGUGAGAACGUCCAGGAGCACAAGAAGGAGAUUAACUUCUAUAGAAACCUGCAAAGUCGGCUCCUGUUGCAGUCCUCUGUUGUAAAGAAGUCAUUGGUCAAAGUGAGGCAGGAUUGCAAGGAAGUACAGGCUGAUUCGUACCUUCUCCAACAGUACUUGACUGAGUUGAACCUGAAUGUUGAAGAUGAACAGCAGAAGACCAACAAUCUCCCAAAUCAACAACAGCAGGAUAAGGUCUCAGAAACUGCAAGAGAGCUGGAAUUGGACACAUCCCAGGAAGAGAGCCUCCUGCAGAAUGAGUUGCCACCUCAGGAGCCCCCUGCUGAGCUCCCUCCUCAACAACCACAGACUUCUUUGGAUGAAUCUCCUUCCUCAUAGAUCAUUUCCACAGUGUGGAUGGGCCCAAAUUAUGCAGCCAGUGAGACAGCCAGACAGAUUCAGGGUCUUUUUCUCUUUCCUGUGUGACCUCUUGAGAGAGAACUGAGGUGACUACAGUACCAGCAAGUGCUGAAAAUAAGAAACUGACUGUAGUUUGUUCUGCUAAAUGUGCCGUGAGGGAAUGUCCCUUCACAAUUUUUUCUGUUAAGACUUUUGGUUGAAAUUUUGAUUUGCAUGGUUUUGUUUUUUCUUAUGUUAUUUAGAUAUUAUGUGUUUUUGUUAUUGACUUUUAUUUUGCUAAAAUUUUUGAAGUUUAUGUAAACCUUCAUACUAAAAUUGUUUUUUAAAAUUAUUUCUUAUGAAUAAAAAGUUUAUCUGUAA